AUGGAACAGGGGGAAAAUUUUCGGAAGAAAAAUAGUAAUUAUUCGGACCUAAAGUUGGAAAAAUUUAAAAGAGAAGCAUUUGAAAUUAUUGAAUAUAAAGACAAAAUUAUUAGGAUGUUAUGUGCUAUUCUAGAAGUACAAGGGACAACAACUCUAAAUAUUAAAGAGUUCAUUACGAGCACAACAGAUCAAACGAAAGGCCAUUUAUUCGAAAACAGUGAAUACGAGGACAACUCAGAAAAAAGUGACACCAAAAUUUUGACAUUCUUAAUUAAUGUACCUGGUUUUAAGGCGUUAAACAAAAACUCAGAGCUAAAUUUAUUUUCAACCCCGAAUAAAAUAGAUGAGGAAUUAAAUAAAGAAAGGAACUUUUCCGAUUCUGUCUUGAGUUCCUAUAAGUUAUCAUUAAACGAGAAACAUUCAGAAAAUAAGAUAAUAACAAGAGACAUUUCAGUGAAAAAAAAUAUUGAAGAAGAUAUGCUCCCUAGCGAAGUAGAACAAGACACAAGUAGUAAAAACAGUGUACCACGGAAAAAAGCGUUAGAAAAUUUUCGAAACAGAGAAACCAAUUUUGAGUGUACAUAUAAAUCGAAUAGUCAAAAAGAACAUAAAAGUUCAAAGACAUCACCAAAUAUAUGCGCGUCAAGUACUGAAGAGUGUCAGUUGUGCUUAAUGCCAAAUACAGAAUCAUUACAUGGAAAUUUCCCACCUACCUUUUAUAAGCUAAGUUGUGAUCAUGUUUUUCACUUAAUGUGUGUAUACGAAACUGUAAUAAGAAGGGAAUGUAGAAAGACCUGUUGCAUUUGUCACAACGAAUUGAGCGAAGAAGAUAGAAAUAACAUAAUCAGCAAAGUAAAGCGCGAAAAAAAAGAAAAUGAGAAAAAGAGCAAGAUUCUGUUUAAAGUUAUGAAGCUACAGGCAGAUAACAAUGAUUAA